AUGUUGUUGUACUUUAUACUCGUUUUAUCGACAAUUUUGACGGCCUCCAUUGCCGACGCUUCGGUACUGCCAGUCGAAGAAGACGACGAUGUCGUUUCAAGAGUAACUCAAGGAGUUAAAGCUCGCGAUGGUCAGUUUCCUCAUAAUGUUCAGUUGCGGCAUAACCAACGUUUCCUUUGCGGAGGCUCAAUCAUACACAAGCGCUACAUUCUCACCGCAGCUCAUUGUCUCUAUGAUUUCACAAAUGAUACACAGGCGAUAAAGGUCACAGUAGGAACAAAUCAAUUGAGAGAUGGAGAUGCAACAGUCUACAACGCGGAAGCGCUUAUACUGCAUGAAAAGUAUACACCAAAGUUAUUAGACGUGAAAAAAAACAAGACGCUGCAGCACAACGAUAUUGCCCUGAUUCGCCUUACCCAGGAUAUCGAGUUCAAAGACAAAGUCAAGCCAAUCGAAUUAGCGACGACAGAUAACUAUUACAACGAAGGCAAUAAACUCAUCAUCACCGGCUGGGGAAGAAGAGGGAGCAACAUCACUGGUUUACCGAAUGAUAUGUUAAUGGCCAUGGCCAAUGUCCACAACUUUAAGGAUUGCGUAGCUACAUGGGAUAGAGUGACGCGAAUCGACGAGGGCAUGUUUUGCUACCGAGGUCCUAAAAAGGAAAGCUCCUGCAAUGGCGAUUCGGGUGGGCCAGCCAUCAGUGUACAGAACAAUCGUCUGAUUGGAAUCGUCAAAGGUUCAUACUUCUGCGGCGAGGACAAGUAUCCAAGUUUACUCAUGAAAGUUUCUUAUUACGUUCCUUGGAUUAAGAAGAAUAUGAUCGAAGACUGAAACGCAAAUUGUUGCAUAGUAUAAUAAUUUAUAUU